UCAUCAUUAAGCGCGAAGUACAUGUGUUACAUGUGUAGAUAGAGUUCAGUUCAGUGAAAAGAGUAACAAAGUAACAAAUCACAAGUUAAUCUAACUAAAUAACUAGCAACUAACUAGUAAAAGUAUUUCCUUACAAACCUAACAAAUUCUGAAAAAUAUUCCAAAGUAUUUACACAUGUUAAAGUGAACAUUAAACAGCUUUGGGCCAAAGUUUUCCACAAAGAAAAAAAAUAUAUAUAAGAAGAAAGAAAGAAAAAACUAGACAUCACAUCAAGAAGUAAACUAAUAAUAAUAGUAAAAUACGGGUAAAAAAGAAAGAAUACUAAAUACAGCUUUACCUAAUUUAUUGUAAAUACUCGUACAUUUGCAAGCAUUUGCUCAAACACAGAUACCUUGCUCUUCUGGCCAGUCAUAGAAUCUAUCCAAACCUACUGAACCCAGGACUGCAAACAACACCCAAACCAACCAACUAGUUAAAUAAAGAAUAGAAUAACUAUGGAUUUUACUGAAUAUCGUCAAAGGGGCAAAGAAAUGGUCGACUAUAUAGCCGACUAUUUGGAAAAUAUACGCGAUCGCAGAGUUUUUCCUGAUGUUAAACCUGGCUACAUGAAAAACCUCUUACCCGAUUCGGCACCCCUGGAAGGUGAACAAUGGGAUGCAAUUUUCGGUGAUGUUGAACGUGUCAUUAUGCCCGGCAUUACCCACUGGCAAAGUCCUCAUAUGCAUGCAUAUUUUCCUGCCCUUAAUUCAUUCCCCUCGCUGUUGGGCGAUAUGUUGGCCGAUGCUAUUAAUUGUUUGGGUUUCACAUGGGCCAGUUCGCCAGCCUGUACAGAAUUGGAAAUAAUCGUUAUGAAUUGGUUGGGUAAAAUGAUUAAUCUGCCAGAUGAUUUUCUACAUUUGUGUAGUGCGAGUAGAGGUGGCGGUGUUGUGCAAACAACUGCCAGUGAGGCAACAUUGGUUUGUCUGUUGGCGGGCAGAACCAAAGCCAUUCAGCGUUUUCAUGAGAAGAGGCCAGGCUAUCAGGAUGCUGAGAUAAAUGCUCGUUUGGUGGCCUAUUGCUCGGAUCAGGCACAUUCGAGUGUUGAGAAGGCGGCGUUGAUAGGUUUGGUACGUAUGCGUUACAUCGAAGCUGAUGAAAACUUAUCUAUGCGCGGCCAGCUUUUAAGAGAAGCCAUUGAAGACGAUAUUCGCCAGGGGCUGGUACCGUUUUGGGUUUGUGCUACUUUGGGCACAACUGGUUCCUGUUCAUUUGAUAAUUUGGAGGAAAUUGGCGUUGUGUGCCGUGAAUUUAAUUUGUGGCUGCAUGUUGAUGCUGCCUAUGCUGGCAGUGCUUUCAUAUGUCCAGAAUUUCGCACGUGGCUUAAGGGUAUUGAGCGUGCCGACUCAAUUGCUUUUAAUCCUUCCAAAUGGCUAAUGAUACAUUUCGAUGCCACAGCUUUAUGGGUCAAAGACAGCACUGCUGUUCAUCGUACCUUUAAUGUGGAGCCUCUGUAUUUGCAGCAUGAAAAUUCUGGGGUUGCUGUUGAUUUUAUGCACUGGCAAAUACCUUUAAGUCGUCGUUUUAGAGCUUUGAAAAUUUGGUUUGUAUUGCGCUCCUUUGGCAUUAAGGGUUUACAGCGUCAUAUACGUGAAGGUGUACGUUUGGCACAAAAAUUCGAAGCCCUAGUAUUGGCCGAUCAUCGUUUCGAAAUACCCGCCAAAAGACAUUUAGGUCUUGUGGUCUUCCGUAUAAAGGGUGAAAACGAAAUAACAGAACGUCUGCUAAAACGUCUUAAUCAUCGCGGCAAUUUGCAUUGUAUACCUUCCUCACUGAAGGGCAAAUAUGUCAUACGUUUUACAGUGACAUCAACCCGCACCACGGUAGAUGAUAUUUUAAGAGAUUGGCUGGAAAUAAAAAAUGCUGCUACCGCCAUUUUAGAUGAAAUGAAUAUUACCAUUUCUAAUCGAGUGUAUUUAAAAGAUACCAAAGAGAAGUGUGAGGGUUUCGGCUCAAGUCUAUUACUUUCCAAUUCACCACUGUCGCCCAAAAUUGUAAAUGGUUCUUUUGCAGCCCUAUUUGAUGCUGAUGAAUUUCUGGCCAAAACGUAUGCUGGUAUUCGAAUUGCACAUCAGGAAUCACCCUCAAUGCGUCGUCGAGUACGUGGUAUUCUAAUGUCGGGUAAACAAUUUUCUCUGGAUUCCCAUAUGGAUGUGGUGGUGCAAACCUCAAUGAAUUCACAUACCACCAAUUCGAAGAUGGUCGAUUGUUAUGGUAAAACAACGGGAAAUGUUAAAAACGAAGAACGUGAUGCGAUAUGUGAGGAUGAAGAAUCUCUGGAAGGUAUGAAGCCCAGGUAG